UUGCAUGUAACAAAACACCAACGAACGUCAACUUGUCAACUCUCUCGCUUUUCAAAUUCAUUACAGUCCCUUCGUAUAUAUAGGCGCUGUCCGGUGGAACAGAUGCAAGAUACAUAAAACCCAUUAAAAAAAAUCCCAUCUUUUUUCGUUCUGGUGUCUGUUUUUUGCCCUAGAUUUCCUUAGGGUUUCGGGAUUUGGAGAGCGAAAGUUGUGUUAUGCGUAUCAGAACUUAUCGACAUGCCUGCUCUUGCGAAUUGUUGCGGGGCUGGUGAAUUCCACAAUGCUACGGGUUCGAUUUGUAAAACUCAGUUGAAUCUGGGGAAAUCGCGUUUCGUCGGUAACAAUGUCGAUGUGUAUUACCCUCCAGGCAAAAGGGCUCGUCUCAGUGAAUCGGAACCUGAGGCUACCGACCGAUCCUCUAUCGAAAUUCUCCCCGACGAGUGCCUCUUCGAGAUCUUGAGACGCCUUCCUGGAGUCAAAGAACGAUGUGUCUCUUCUUGUGUGUCCAGACGAUGGCUGAGUGUUCUUACAAUGAUCCGUCUGUCUGAAUUCUCGGCCUGUAAUGAUGUGGACAUGGUUCCGAGUGAUGAUGAUGAGGAUGGAUGCCGAGUCAGGUGCUUGGAAGGGAAAAAGGCAACCGAUAUGACGCUUUCUGCAAUUGCUGUGGGAAGAAGAAUAAGCAACUGUGAUGGUCUUGUGAAGCUUUCUAUCAGGGGAAGCUCCAUGGUCUCGGACUUUGGUGUUUCAGCCAUUGCUCGUUCUUGCCCUUCAUUGAGGUCCCUUUCCUUAUGGAACGUGCUUCGUGUCGGGGAUAAAGGUCUCUCUGAAGUAGCCAAAGAGUGUCGUUUACUGGAAAAGCUCGAUCUUUGCCACUGCCCUUCGGUUUCUAGCUUGGGUUUGAUCGCUAUUGCACGGUACUGCCCGAAUCUGACCACUUUGCAUAUCGAGUCCUGCCCGAAGAUCGGAAACGAGGCCUUGCAAGCUGUUGGACAGUGCUGCCCCAAGUUAGCGUCUACCUCUGUCAAAGACUGCCCACUUAUCGGCGAUCACGGGAUUUCAAGUCUGGUUUCCUCCGCGUCACCCACCCUUUCCAAGGUUAAUAUUCACGGUCUAGGAAUCACGGAUUUCUCCCUCGCCGUUAUCGGGCACUACGGAAAAUCCAUCAGCAGCCUCAUGCUCAGUAAUCUCCCUAAUGUUACCGAAAGAGGCUUUUGGGUCAUGGGAAAUGCUCAGGGUUUGUGCAAGUUGAUGUCUUUGGGAAUCACUUCUUGUAAAGGAAUCACUGAUCUGAGCUUCGGAGCUUUAGGGAAGUGCGGGAUAGCCCUAAAGCACGUUUUCCUCCGGAAAUGUUGCUUUGUAUCUGACAACGGACUGGUGGAAUUCUCGAAGGCCAUCGGCUCUCUUGAGACGUUACAGUUGGAGGAGUGCAAUAGGGUUACCCAGUCAGGAAUUUGCGGUGUUCUUUCGAGUUCCGGAGCGAAUUUGAAGUCUCUUUCCCUUCUGAGAUGCACGGGAAUGAAGGAUCUCACCUUAGGAUCGAUGGAUUUGUCUCCGUGUAACUCUCUGAGAUCCUUAACAGUAUGUAAUUGUCCUGGAUUUGGUAAUGUUGGGCUUACUAUUCUCGGAAAGCUGAGCCCUCAGCUUCAAAAUCUAGAUCUCGGUGGUCUGUACGGGACCACGGAUGCUGGGCUUCUCCCGAUAAUCGAAAACAACAGGGCCGGUCUUGUCUCGGUAAAUCUAAGCGGCUGCUUUAACUUAACCGAUGAAGUUGUUUACUACUUGGCCAAGUUUCAUGGCGAAACCCUCGAGGUCCUUAAUCUUGAGGGUUGUAGAAGGAUCACGGAUUCAAGUCUAUCGGCCAUAGCAGAGAGCUGCUUGUUUCUAAAGGAUCUAGACAUGUCAAAGUGCGGGAUAACGGAUUCUGGUGUCGCUGCUCUAUCCCGAGCUGAGAAAAGGUUAAACCUUCAAGUUCUGUCUGUGUCAGGAUGUUCCGAGGUAUCAAACAAGAGUCUUGUGCCCUUGAAGAAGCUUGGGAGGACACUUCUUGGUUUGAAUAUCCGAGGUUGCAAUUCGAUAACCAACCGAAUCAUUCAGCUUCUCAAGGAAAGCUUAUGGAGGUGUGAUAUUCUCUCAUAAUGUUAUCGGUUUUUCUCUUUACGCAAACAUCAAGUUCUCGGGUAUGUUCUUGCACCCCAAUACCCGAAUCCACCGUGUAGAUUCCGAGCUCGUGAAUCGUUGUUUGCUCGGGGUUUUUAGAAGAUCAGUACUCGGAUCUUUCCCUUCCCUUUUUAGCAGGAUUCUAUAUAUAGAAACCUGUUUCCGAAACACAUUUUUUCUCCGUCUCGAGCCACCGCUGUUCCAACGCGAAAGAACAGGGAAAUAGGAGGCGUUGUUUUUGCUCAGGUGGACCGUGGAUGCGGGUUUCGUCAAAUGUGCGGCGGGUGCGUUUGUUAUGGUUGCGUUUGCGAUUUAGACAGAAUAUAUGUUCUUAGGGACUUUGGUAAUGGCUUUAGGGAUCAUCUCUUCGAAAGGCUUAUUACAACUUAACCUUGUUCUUGAGGUUUUGUUUUUUUAUGUGCAAAGUCCUUGAGUUGCUCGUGUCUGUAUUCGUCUGACCAAUCUUGUGUAUUGUAUUUGGUUUGCGGUGUACCGGUUUAACUUGGACCGGUAUUGCUUCUAAUUCCGGUUUAGAAUAAGCAGCGAAAUAGGCAUUGUAACAAGUUUAGAUUGAUUA